UGGAUGUUGUUUGAUUUUUCGUGUGCCAACUAGAAUUAAUUUGUAAUUUGUUGCGGUCCUAUAUAAUAUAAUAAUUAUUUCAAUUGUUUGUUAUAAUUAUUGUUGCUUCACGCAUUAACUUAUUCAUUCAAGUAUAAAUAUAUAUUAAAUAAAACCAGUAAAACCUCAUCAAAAUAAAACGAAUUAAAAGUGAAAUAAACACAAGCAAAAGUGUUGGACUUAUUAUAUUUAAAAAUUGUGUGAAACUGAUUAAAUUUUUACAUUUUUGAAGAAUUGCAAAUUACGCGUAGGUUUAAAUUAUGGCUUUAGUAAAUUAUGACAGCAGUUGUUCAUCAAACGAUAGUAUUGAAGACGACAAAAUAUCACAUAAAACAUCGGGUCAGGGAGACGAGAUCACAGAACCAAAAUCAAAGAUAGCAAGACUAACUCAGCCAAGCGAACUGAAAAAAACUUUACCCUGUGCACUCUUCUUAUUGGGUGCGAAGUCUGCAAAUGCUGUGGCAAACGAGGCGCAUCUAGAUAAUCCAGCAGAACAUAAUGGACGCAUCCGUAGUUUCAAACAUGAACGAGGGAAUUGGGCGACUUAUGUGCACAUACCAGUGCGAUCCGAACAGUUGGAGGAUAUCCUGGAAGUAUGUCAAGACUUAUUAGCUGAUGUAAUAAAUGAUUUACACGUAAUAGAAGAUAUACACAUAAGCUUAAGCCGGACGGUUGUACUACAACAUCAUCAUAUCGAUUCAUUCGUCGAGUCGCUAAGAAAUACCUUAGAAGUAAAUGCCAGAUUUUCUAUCAGUUUGCGGCAUUUACACAUUUACACUAACGAUGAACGUACUCGAACGUUUAUAGCACUUAAAGUUGAUAAUAUGCACUACGAUAAAGUUCAUAAACUAAUGGAAAAAGUGGAUGUUGUAAUGACAGAAUACAGACUACAACGCUUCUAUGAAAAACCGUCAUUCCACAUUAGUUUUUUGUGGUGUCUUGGCGAUAAAGUCUCAGUGUUAAAUGAAUACUUGCAUACUCUAGAGUCGGCUAUAAAAGUUGGUAUGGAUGAAAGCAAUGCAUUAAAUUUAUUCAUUAAAGAAAUCAAUUGCAAGAGUGGUAAUAAGGAGUUCACAUUUAAGCUUAAAUAAAAACGGCGACCAAGUGGUGUUUUAGACCACCAAUUGUCAAAGGCUUCUUCCUCUUCGCGGUAAACUGGGUCACGCGUACUGAAUAAAAUAUGUCAGUCGUAUUAAACAUGUAAUUCAUUAAUUAUUUAUAUAUAGUUACAUGUAUUUAUAAAAUCAUUUUCGUGAAUGUAUACAAAUAAGUAGAUUAACUGAAUAUUAAACAUUGUACGCCAAUUUAUUUCCCUUAUAAAUAUGGAGGUACAAAAUCAUUUA